CUUCCGUCCCCGGGCACGUAACAGAGCUGGGAGCCUGGCUGCCAGUGGUUUGUCAUCGCGGGGGCGGCCUGGGAGCGCUGCGGCGCCGCGGCAGGAGAAACAGCCAAGGACGCCCUGGAAGAGCAGGAGCACGUGGGCGAGAAUGGCGCCAACACCAGCCGUGCAAAACCACAUCCCAGAGCGGGGCCAAGGACAGCCACCAUUACCCCGCAGGCCUCAAGGAAGACGGUCAAGUCAGCCAAGGCCGCCUCCCUAGCCAGGAGCCUCCCAAAGCGCAGGCGCACCUACCCGGAGGGCGCGGCUGGGCGGAGUCAAGAGCCGGAAGAGCCUUGCGCCGCAGUCCUUCCCCGGAAACCCGCGGGCCGGAAGUGUCGGGAGUUCCAGCUCAGAACGCCGGGUUGCUGGGCAACCGAUGCGGCCGCUGCAGCUGGUCUCUGUGGUGCUGGGAGCGAGCCCAGUGUAGCUCCCACCUCCUACGCUGCUAACCUCCCGUCCCGCCCGCUUCCCUUGUUGUCGCUUCUCGCGUCGGGGAAUCCUUGCCCUUGGCACUACUUACAUCUCUCCGGGUCCCACGACACCUUAGCGCCCACCUGCGUCAAAGCCAAGCUCCACCGAAAGCGAGGCAGUCUGCCCCCAGACAUGACUUCGGCGCUGACUGAUGGCUCCUCUCGGGCCCCGAGCACCUACACCUACACCAGCCGGCCCCGAGCACUGCCCUGCCAGCGCAGCCGUUACCGGGACAGCCUGACGCAGCCAGAUGAAGAACCUAUGCGUUAUGGAAACAUAAUGUAUGACAGAAGGGUAAUUCGAGGCAACACUUAUGCACUCCAGACAGGGCCACUGCUCGGACAGCCUGAUUCUCUAGAGCUUCAGAGACAACGGGAGGCUAAGAAGAGGGCUCUUGCCAGAAAACAAGCCCAAGAGCAGCUCAGACCACAAACACCUGAACCUGUGGAAGGCAGAAAGCAUGUCGAUGUGCAAACAGAAUUAUACCUUGAAGAAAUUGCUGAUCGCAUAAUAGAAGUUGAUAUGGAAUGCCAAACAGAUGCAUUUUUGGACAGACCACCAACACCACUCUUUAUUCCUGCCAAAACUGGCAAAGAUGUGGCCACCCAGAUACUAGAAGGAGAGCUCUUUGACUUUGAUCUUGAAGUUAAACCAGUGUUAGAAGUUUUGGUGGGGAAGAUAAUUGAGCAGUCUCUUCUGGAAGUAAUGGAAGAAGAAGAGCUGGCUAACCUGCGGGCCAGUCAGCGUGAGUAUGAAGAACUACGGAAUAGUGAACGUGCUGAAGUUCAACGACUUGAAGAGCAAGAGAGGCGACACCGAGAAGAAAAAGAACGGCGUAAGAAACAGCAGUGGGAAAUGGUGCACAAGCACAAUGAGACAUCACAAAAAAUCGCCGCCCGAGCAUUUGCACAGCGUUACCUGGCUGACCUUCUCCCGUCUGUUUUUGGCAGCCUCAGGGAUAGUGGCUACUUUUAUGAUCCCAUUGAAAGAGAUAUUGAGAUAGGAUUUCUUCCAUGGCUAAUGAAUGAAGUUGAAAAAACCAUGGAAUAUAGCAUGGUGGGAAGAACAGUGCUUGACAUGUUGAUCCGUGAAGUGGUUGAAAAGAGACUGUAUAUGUAUGAGCAUAAGGAAGAAACACAUCGGUCUCCAGAACCAGAGGAUGAGCCUGGUGGUCCUGGAGCAGUGACAGAGUCACUGGAGGCCUCUGAAUUCCCGGAGCAGAGCAUGUCACAGACGCAGGGGCUGCUUUUAGAUGGAGACUAUGUACAAAGAACAACAUAUGACAGAAGGUCAUCCCAGGAAAGGAAGUUUUUGGAAGAGACAGAGCUAUUAGAGCAGGAUGAAGAAUCAGCAAUGAGGAAGUCCUUAGAGGAGGAAGAAUUGUCAUAGGAGGGGAGCUUCGAAGUCAUGAAACCAAUCAACAGCCAAGUCAGCAAGCAAUCAGGUAAUGAUGCGCGAGUCCCCUCAGGUUGUAGAAAUUAUGUUGUAUUUAGUCAAUAUGUCUUUUUGUCUAAUGGACUGGGCCAAUCAAAUGUGAUAAAAUAAAACUAAUUUGAAAAUAAAACUAAU